GGCCACCGAUGCCAUCCUAUCGGCCGGCGCCGUUCAGCUACCUCCGGAUCUUAUAAAAGGGCUCGCUGGGGCCUGCGGUGUGAGAGUCUCUGUCGGAUUUUUCGAGUUUUCUGCUCUUCUGGGUUUGAGUCGGAGAUGUCCGGGCGCGGCAAGCAGGGCGGCAAGGCGCGCGCCAAGGCCAAGUCCCGCUCCUCGCGCGCGGGGCUGCAGUUCCCGGUGGGCCGGGUGCACCGCCUGCUGCGCAAGGGCAACUACUCGGAGCGCGUGGGCGCCGGCGCGCCGGUCUACCUGGCGGCGGUGCUGGAGUACCUGACGGCCGAGAUCCUGGAGCUGGCGGGCAACGCGGCCCGCGACAACAAGAAGACGCGCAUCAUCCCGCGCCACCUGCAGCUGGCCAUCCGCAACGACGAGGAGCUCAACAAGCUGCUGGGCCGCGUGACCAUCGCGCAGGGCGGUGUCCUGCCCAACAUCCAGGCCGUGCUGCUGCCCAAGAAGACCGAGAGCCACCACAAGGCCAAGGGCAAGUGAGGCCCUGCCGCCCGUGCACGCCCCGUGGACACCAAAGGCUCUUUUCAGAGCCACCACCGAUUCUGGGAAAGAGCCGCACUGAGCGCGCAGCCUGUUUUGGGCCUGAAGCCGGGUUCCCUUCGACCCCUCUGCGCAUUAGACUGACUGGAGAGCUCCAGGCAGAUCUGACAGAAAUGGCCUACAGUACUACUCGCACCUACCUACCUACGGGCCUGAGGAGCUCUGUCAUGAACCAUCAUGAUCCUUGGAUGAUGCCUGCCACAAAAUCAGA